AUGCGUCAAGGUCAAGUAUCCCCCAAGAUCGUAGUGGCAGUAGACAGAGAUAAGAGCAGCCACAGUGCCUUCAAAUGGGCUCUGGACAACGUUGUCACUGCAGGGCAAACCCUCACCCUCCUCCAUGUCAACAACAAGAGCUCGACCAAUUAUGUUGCUAGCAUCACAAGGGACAUCAUCAAUCCCUUUAGAUGUUUCUGUACGCGAAAGAAUGUGGGAUGCAAGGAUGUCAUAGUUGAAGGCAUCGAUGUUGCUAAAGCGAUCAUAGAGUUUGUCACAGUUGCAGCAGUAGAGAAGUUGGUGAUUGGUGCAUCACCAAAAGGCGGAUUCAUCAGAUCAUUCAAAAGUAUAGACCUCAGCACCACCAUCUACAAAGGGGUGCCUGAUUUUUGCACUAUCUAUGUCAUCUCGAAGGGGAAGAUCUCCUCCACGAGGAAUGCCACUCGACAUCAGUCGGCUGUCUCUCCUCUUCGUGCUCAAAUAGAGGCUCCACCAACAGUAAUGCAUGAUCCACCAAGCCAGAGCAUCAAGAACGCCAUGAAAGGUACAAGUGCGGCCUCAGUUAGCCCAUGGAAUAUGCAAAAAGAGAAUGAGUUAAUCGGGUCGCCUUUCAAUAGAGGAGGGACACAAGGUUCAACCCAAAGAUCAUAUGGAGAGAUAUUUGUAGAGAGUGAUAUAUCAUUUGUGAGCAAUGACAGGCCAAGCACUAGUGGAUACCCUCCAAGAUCUUCUAACUUGUCGGAUAGUUACGAAUACAGUUUCGAAUCAUCGCGCAAGUCUACGGGUGCAUUCUCUGCAGGAAAUGAAUCCUCUUACCUAUCUCAUGCAAGCUCAUCAUCUCAAUCUAUGGAUGAUGUCGAAGGAGAGAUACGAAGGUUGAGGUUAGAACUCCAGCAAACAAUGGACAUGUACAGCACAGCCUGCAAAGAGGCACUUACAGCCAAACAGAAGGUAGUAUUUUUCAUAUACAGAUUUCCCCCCAAAGUCGAUCUUGUUUACAAACAUGGUACUGUUCUAGGCCAUGGAACUUUGGAAGAAGCAUCCCUCAAGACAACCAAAAUGACGGCAAAGAAGUUCAGUGCAGAGAUCCAGUCAGACAACGAGACAGAGGAGAAGAAGGGUUUUAACGAUUUAUCACAAACAGAUCUCAGGUACAGAAGGUACACGAUAGAGGAGAUAGAAGAAGCCACUGAACACUUCGCGGAGAAUAGGAAAAUCGGCGAAGGCGGCUAUGGUCCUGUUUACAAAUGCUAUCUGGAUCAUACCCCUGUUGCUAUCAAGGUACUGCGUCCAGAUGCUACACACGGAAGGUCACAGUUUCAGCAAGAGGUUGAAAUCCUAUGUUGUAUUCGACAUCCAAACAUGGUGCUACUGCUUGGGGCUUGUCCAGAAUAUGGUUGCCUUGUAUACGAACACAUGGCGCUUGGGAGCUUGGAAGAUCGUCUGUUCAAGCGAGGGAACACGCCGCCUAUUCCAUGGCAGCAUAGGUUUCGAAUCGCUGCAGAGAUCGGCACUAGUCUUCUCUUUCUGCACCAAACCAAGCCUGAGCCACUGGUUCACAGAGACCUUAAGCCUGCGAACAUCCUCCUCGACAGGAACUACGUGAGCAAGAUCAGUGAUGUGGGGCUUGCUCGGCUAGUUCCUCCGUCCGUAGCAAACAACGUGACCCAAUACCGAAUGACGGCUACGGCGGGCACGUUCUGUUAUAUAGACCCGGAGUAUCAGCAGACCGGCAUGCUCGGUACGAAAUCUGACGUCUACUCACUCGGAAUCCUGCUGCUGCAGUUGAUAACUGCCAAGCCGCCCAUGGGGCUGACGCACUUCGUGGGCCAUGCGAUCGAUAAGGGAACGUUCCCUGAAAUGUUAGACCAAUCAGUGACUGAUUGGCCGGUUGAGGAAGCUUUGAGCUUGGCCAAGAUAGCGAUAAAGUGCGCUGAGCUGAGGAAGAAGGACAGGCCGGACCUUGCGACGGUCAUACUGCCAGAGCUCAACAGACUCAGAGAACUCGGAGAGGAGAACUUGCAUCCUUAGAUGAAUAUUAUUUCUCUAUAUAUAUAUAGACAUGAAAAUAUAUAGAUGCUUGAGUAAUAGUUUCAACCAUUGUAAUUAUAUGGAUCAUGUCCCCAUCUUCUUUCUGUCUUUCUUCACCAUUAGUUAGUUGUUUCUUCUGUCUUAUAAAGUUAGGGUUCCUCUAAAUCAAACUGAGUGAUGCAGACCUAGGGAUGUAAACGAGUUAUUCGGAGCUCAGUUCGAUAGAAAGCUCGUUCGAUAGUUCAUUCGUCUAUCUUAUCGAGCCGAGUUCGAUUUCGAGCUCGACAGUUUUAUCGAGCUUAGCUCAAGCUUAAGGAUAUUCGGCUCGUGAGCUCGUGAACAUGU